GGCACAGAUAGGCAGCACUGAUGGGCACUGAUAGGUGGCACUGAUAAGGUGGCACGGAUUAGGCAGCACUGAGAAGGUGAUCAUGGCCAGGGGCGGACUGACAACUCAUGGGGCCCCCGGGCAAUAGGGGAUCAUGGGGCCCUGUGUCCUUGCCCAAACUCAAAAAAGCCUAUGAAAAAGGUACCAGGGGCAUCUCAUGGGGCCCCCUACUGACCCCGGGCCCUCGGGCAGUGCCCGAGUUUCCAAAUGGUCAGUCCGCCCCUGAUCAUGGCGUCCAAUGACAAGAAG